UGUUUGCUAUGGUAACAACAAAACACGAUCUGUGAAGUAUUUAAAAGACCACGACCUUCGGCAGAAGUAGUCAGUGAGUGCCCGUCAACCACGCGCGACGUCCAUCAUGAAGUUACUAUUAUGCAUAUGUUUUCUAUCCAUCGCCGUCUCAGCGAUGGCAGAGCAAGAUGUGGACCAAAUCCUUCAGGAUGGCAACAAUAAAUUUACCGCGAACAUGUUCAAUGAAGUUGUUAAAGCUAAUAAAGAGAAAAGCAUCGUCCUAUCAGCGUACUCCGUGAUGCCGCCUCUUGCGCAGCUGGCUCUGGCUUCAGUCGGUGAAUCGCACGACGAACUUCUUAAUGCUAUCGGAAUGCCCAAUGAUAACGUGACCAAAGCUGCUUUUUCAUUCGCGAAUUCAAAACUGAGGUCAACGAAAGGAGUGACAUUGCAAACAGCUAGUAAAAUUUAUGUUGCUCAAAAUUAUGAAUUGAAUACUGAGUUUGCUGCUGUCUCGAGAGAUACUUUUGGUUCUGAGGUUAAAAAUGUCGACUUUAGCAAAAAUACAGAAGUUGCUGCCGAAGUCAAUGCUUGGGUAGAAGAUCAAACAAAUCAUCGCAUCAAAGAUUUGGUAGACCCAGCGUCUUUAACAUCUGAUACGAGAGCUCUAUUAGUCAACGCCAUUUACUUCAAGGGUACUUGGAAAAUUCCCUUCCAAACAUUUGCAACUAAGGAUAGAGAUUUCCAUGUAACUAAAAACAAAGUGGUCCAAGUUCCUACCAUGUACAACAAAGAUACUUAUAGUUAUACAGAGAGCAUCGAGCUGAACGCACAAAUUCUUGAAAUUCCUUAUGAAGGAGAUGAAGCAUCUUGCGUUUUUGUGUUACCUCGUGAAAUAGAUGGCAUUAACGAGUUGGCAGAAAAGCUAAAGGAUCCAACAGUGCUCGACAAAGCUAUGAGUAAUAUGCGUGAAAUAGAAGUUGAAGUUUACCUCCCUAAGUUUAAGAUCGAAACUACGACGGAUCUCAAAGAUAUUCUUCAGAAGAUGGAUGUUCAGAGAUUGUUUUCUCCAAAGACUGCCAGAUUAGACAACCUUUUGAAACAUACCAGUAAUCUAUACAUAGAUUCAGCUUUACAAAAAGCCUUUAUUGAAAUUAACGAAGAAGGUGCUGAAGCAGCCGCUGCAAAUGUAUUCGGCGUUACGUAUUUGGCAGCGUUUACUACUCUACGUUUUGAAGCGGAACAUCCAUUCGCAUUCUACUUAUACAGCGGGAAAAAUAUCUUGUUCAAUGGAAUUUAUCAUCCUUAGUAAUGCAAAGAUUUUGGCAUCAGAGUGCUUUCGGGGAUUCCCGACGCACUCCAGUUCGAGGCAGACCAUCCUUUCGUAUUUUACCUAUAUAAUGGAAAUAAUAUUUUGUUCAAUGGAGUUUACUAUGCUUGAGUAAAAAGAAGGUAAGUAUCUUAGUGAUGAAAUCC